AUGAUUCCAUUUCAGGCAUUAUAUGGAUAUACUCCCUCACAACUAGCACUGGCUUUAGUGCAAACCCCUAUAGUAGCAGUAGAAUCUUGGGUAGAAGAAAGGCAAAAUUGCAAUGAGAUGCUGAAGCAUAAUUUGGAAGUGGCUCAAAAUCAUAUGAAACAAUUUGCUGACAGAAAUAGAUCUGAAAAACAAUAUGAGGUAGGAGAAUAUGUAUUCUUGAAGUUACAACCUUACAGACAGACUUCCUUAGGAUUGAGGAGGAACUUGAAAUUAGCUUCCAAGUACUAUGGACCUUAUAAAGUGCUGCCUAAGGUGGGCAAGGUAGUUUACAAAUUGGAGUUACUGGAAGGCACAUCCAUACACCCAACUUUCCAUGUUUCACCGGUGAAACCAUCAGCAAAGAAUCCUGAAGUGAUAGAAAACCUGCCUAGCUAUGACCACUACUGA